AUGUCUGUCCGUGAACUUCCCGUUCAUCAGCCAAAGCUCAUACGACAGCAGACGACUUUGCUACAGAACAAGCUUCACUCUACAUUUUAUUCGGGAGGAAUUGCCCAUCCAACAAUCCCUAGAUUCCUUGAUAGGGUCAGCAUGUUGCAGAACCAAAAGGCAAAUUCCUACUCCCAACCUGCUCUACCCGUCAACACUCAAGCGGCACAAAAACAUGCGGGUUCGGAGAAGUCCUCGUCACCAAGAGUCCAACAUAACCUGUUACCUCUCAGCACCAAGGAGGCCCCUCCAAACAGUGAUAGUUGGACUACCGUCUCCAACUGGCUAGCCACAAGUCAGACAUUUGAGAAGCCACCAACACCAGCGCCUGUUGCGGACCCAGCUCCACGACAACGACGUCCCAAAGAGUAUUGGCUCCAAGUUGCCAAAACCCUAGAUCUUCGAGUCAAGUCACGCUCAGAGCAGUUCAAGGCUCCGAUCCGUUCAACCCCCGACAGCAUAUGCGCGAAUCCCGGCAUCAACGGCAGCAUCUCCAACCCUCAACCACACACCCAGCUUCGAAAACCAGACGAGCACACUCCGCCGGACCAGCCCGACACAGCCACGGACACAGUAUCCCCACUCUUGCCCGACACGAUGGGCCCACCCCGAAAGCAAGAGCGUGAGAGGGAGAGUUCCAUCGAGGCGAACUUGUCCGAAAUCCAAGGGAAGCUCGAGAAGCACAGGCGAGGGCAGGAGCAGCAGGGGCGGCUAGAGGCACAGAAGUUGAAAAAAGCGGACGAGGCGUUGAAGGGGAAGGCGGAGGGGCUUGCUGCGGACGCGAUGGCGACGCACGAGAAAGAGCAGGAGCGGAAGGAGUACGUUGAAGGGAGGGCACGGGAUAUCCAUGAGAAUCUGUUGCAAUGCAAACCCUUUGACAUGGAUGCUGUGAGGCGAGAGUUCUCUGAGAGAGAGGUUCAAGGCAUCACGAAAAUUGUGAGAGAGUUGGGCUUCGCGAAGAAGGAAUGA